CGGAGCAACGCGAGCGUCUCGCUCAGCAGAACGCCAGAUGAACACAAGCGCUGCCGCAAUCAGCGAAAUCCCCGCAUUCACCAUUCACACUCACAGCGCGUCCGCUGCAUAGGCUGCACAUAAAUGCACGUGUCUCGCACAUCACUGGCAGCAUACGCUGAUGGUUUGGAAAUACUGUAACGCUUUCUUUUGAAGCGAUUAGGUUUUGGUUCUCGUCGUCGGGCUCUUGUUCGUUUGGAAGAGCGUUUGGUUUCACUGACAGCGUUCUCACGAUGAUUCUGCUGCAUCGCCGCCGGAGAAAAGAGGCGCUGGUUUGGUUGUUGCCGGGUCUGCUUGGAGUCUGCAUGGCAUUUGGCCCAAGCAAAGCUGAUGAUGAAGAUUAUGAGGAUGUCCCCAUCAAUAAAACUUGGGUUUUAUCACCCAAGGUCUACAAGAGCGACGUCACCCUUAUCCUAAAUAAAUUACUGCAGGGUUAUGACAACAAACUGAGACCAGAUAUUGGAGUGAGACCCACUGUGAUUGAGACGGCUGUAUACGUGAACAGUAUUGGUCCUGUAGAUCCCAUCAAUAUGGAGUACACCAUAGACAUCUUCUUCGCUCAGACAUGGUACGACAGCAGACUCAAAUUCAACAGCUCAAUGAAACUCCUCAUGCUCAACAGCAACAUGGUGGGAAAAAUUUGGAUCCCGGACACAUUUUUCCGUAACUCUCGCAAAUCCGACGCCCACUGGAUCACGACACCCAAUCGGCUUCUGCGUCUCUGGAGCAAUGGAAGAGUGAUGUAUACGCUGAGGUUGACUAUUAAUGCUGAAUGCUACCUUAAGCUGCAUAACUUUCCCAUGGACGAACAUUCGUGCCCACUGGAGUUUUCAAGCUAUGGGUAUCCACAGAAUGAGAUCCAGUAUAGAUGGCAGCGUCGUUCCGUUGAGGUCGCAGACCAACGGUACUGGCGGCUUUACCAAUUCGCAUUCGUGGGCCUCCGGAACACUUCUGACGUAGCACACACUCAGUCUGGGGACUAUGUGGUUAUGACCAUUUUCUUUGACCUGAGCCGGAGAAUGGGCUACUUCACCAUCCAGACAUACAUCCCCUGCAGUAUGAUCGUAGUUCUGUCCUGGGUCUCUUUCUGGAUCAACAAGGAUGCUGUACCAGCCAGAACAUCAUUAGGGAUCACAACUGUGCUUACCAUGACAACUCUGAGCACAAUAUCUAGGAAGUCCUUGCCGAAGGUGUCUUAUGUGACGGCCAUGGAUCUGUUCGUGUCGGUCUGCUUCAUCUUCACCUUCGCUGCUCUUAUGGAGUAUGGGACUCUGCACUACUUCACAAGCAAUCGGCAAAACAAGAAGACCAAGUCGAGCCACGCACAGAAACACAGCAUGGUUAACAUCAGACCAGGGACAUCCCUGCUGCAGAUAAACAAUAUUGCUCCCUACCACGAGGACGAUGACUACGCCUAUGAAUGUUUGGACGGAAAAGACUGCACCAGUUUCUUCUGCUGUUUUGACGAUUGUCGCACGGGAGCCUGGCGUGAAAACAGAAUGCAUGUUCACGUGUCCAAAAUCGACUCUUAUUCCCGAAUAUUCUUCCCUACCGCCUUUGGCCUCUUCAACCUCGUCUACUGGAUUGGGUAUCUGUAUCUUUAAAGAUAUUCGGCAAUAAGAGAGGAACUUGGUUCUAGUACAAAUUUUGAAAAUCAUUUGUAAAUUCUCCACCCGUUCAAUCCGACAUCGUAAGUCAAUGAGAGAGGGGGGUGCGAGUGUUAAGCGGUAUUGAUGUGUCUUUUAUUGUGUAUGGGCUCUGGUUUAGAGUAUUUCAAUUUCCAAGUGAAUAUUACCAGCAAUGUCAGUUUUUAAACAAGGAAACGCUAAACAAUAUGAUGGGCCAUUUACAGAAUUCUACAUAUGGCGCAGUUCACAUACGUAGUCCAUACGCUUAAUUGAAAUUUUUAUUCAUAGCUGCAGUUUAGUGUUGCUUGCUGCAUCAGUGCUUAGAAUCGUUUUUUUUUCUAACUGAAGUAAAAUGAUUUUUGCAAAGAAAAACAUGAUGGUAGCAUGAGUACAAACCUACAACAAUUACUUGUGUUCAGUUCAGAAUCAAACAAACCAAAGGAUGCGUCUGGACGUUACAUGAAUAGACUUGCGCUCAAGAAAUACCCAGAAGCCAUUUACUUGGAAUUAGCCACUAAUGAUACUGUGAAAAUGUUCUUGACUUGAACUCCGCAAUAGCUCACACAAAGAAAUGCCCGACAUAAAAGGGUUCCAAAUGAGCAUGUGUACAUUUUUUAUACAUGGAAAAAUAGGAAUAGAAUAGCCUUUACCAUUCACAGCUGUUCAGUGUUCAAGUUACUGAGUAGCUCCCUCAUUACUUGCCUCUAUAUUCCAGUCGGCAUUUUAUCUCUCUUCGCAAAUGGUUAGAUUUCUGCGAGCUUCACGUUAGCGUAAUUGCAUGACUCAUCUUAGCUCCUACAGCUAAUCGAUCCUUGUAUGGAAGCCGGGUAGAAAAUCAGGUUGCAGAAGCUUUGUACACUGAUCCACCACACACAGUAUAUAAAGAAACAUAACAUGCAUUUGACCAUAUAAUCUUCAUCAGCCAUAGAUGCCUUCUCUACAGCACAGCACUAAUCUAAAUUCAAGAGGCAAUUUGUUCUGCGUGUGGAGAAUUACUUGAAUAAUCUGACAUGAAAGCCCUGUUCGAGUCGCAUGCACAGAACAGAUGAAUAGUAAACCGUAGUAGCCGCGUGAGCGAGGUGAGGUGAGAUAGUGCUGUGUCUGGACCCGGCUCUCCAAACAUCUGUGCGCAAAAUGUACAAGUGUUUUCUCCUGUUGAGCUUUCAGCUGUCGCUUGUUUGUUUCGUUUAAACGCUUACAUGUGGUGUGUCUUUUGCUGGAUGUUAUAUUGGGCUUACGUGCCCUGCUCUGUUGUGGAACUGUUCAUAACUGUGUGUUGUGCCCUGUUGCUGAAUAUAUCAGAAUACUGUUGUCUUUCUUCUAAAAGCUUCAUAGAUCAUGUAACAAAAAGCCAGUAAUAGCAGAAACAAUAAAAUAGAGAAAUGAAAUCUAUUUAUAUUUUUGUAUAUAAAUAGAUUGCUACAACAAGAAUAUAUAUGAAACACAAUCGGUUUCAGUCUGUUAUUUAUAUUUACAGGACCACAAAGCAGCGGCUUUCGUGUGAGCGUGUGCGUGUCUGUGAGUGUAUAUUCAAAGCAGCACAUUUCCACAUACAUGUUUGUAUGUAUAUACGCCAUAUACACAUCUCUGUCUGCUUUGCCUUGUAAUCGCUUUAUGUUAUGGUGUUAUUGCCAUGUCUUGUGUCACUUCUUACCAUCAUGCCUUCAUGUGUUUUUGUAGCUCUGAACACUGUGAGUAAUACAACAGUGCCUGCACAACAUGAUGAAUAAAGUUCUACGCUGUCAGUCUCUCGCCGAUUCCACGUUUUAUCCAAAUCCCAAAGCGUCAGGAAAGAGAAGAGAUGAAUUCCUCAGGCGGCUGCUUUUGUAAUAUUGCUUUGUUAAUGCCGCAAUUAGUUUUGUAAUCAUUGCCGCAAGUGAACGGGCAACUUUAAUCAUUCCUUUCAUGAGCAUAAAUUCAUUUUCAGAAAUGUAUCCAUCUUAAUUGUUAUCUCACACAUGAGUGAGAUGAGAUUCUCUGAUAACGCAUCAAUUACACACUUCAUUUGUGAUACAUCAUGCAAGUCCGUAAUUGAUUUAAAGGAGUUUGGCUCAAAAUUGAAAUUCUGUCAUUAUUUACACUCGGGUCGUUCAAAACACAUGACCUUCUGUCUUUAAUGGAACACCCAAGUAUGAGCAAAACAAGAUCUUAUAUGACUAUACCUUUUUCUUAUUCCUUUUUCAAGUGAUAGUUCACCCAAAAAUGAAAAUUCUGUCAUCAUUUACUCACCCUCUUGUCAUUUUAAACCUGUAUGACCUUCCUUCUUUUGCAGAACACAAAAGAAGAUAUUUUGUAGAAUGUUGUUAACCGGCACCCAUUCACUUGCAUUGGUUUUGGGUCCAUACAAUAAGUGAAUGGGUACUGCCGUUGUUUGGUUACAAACAUUCUUCAAAAUAUAAUUUAAUAUAAUAUAUUUUGUGUUCUGCAGAAGAAAGAAAGACAUACAGGUUUGAAAUGACAAGAGAGUAAGUAAAUGAUGACAUCAUUUUCACGUAACUAAAUGUACUUUGCAUUAUUGAAUCAAUGACCAGUCAAGCUCCAUUUAUUGAAACUGUAUGGAAAAGUGUGACCAGUAUCCUAGAAGAAAGUCAAGCAAGUUUAGCGCCAAAUGAGGGUAUAUAAGUACAGACAGAAUUUUCAUUUUUGCAUUAUUCCUUUAAAUAGUCAAGAACAUAAAUACAUAUUUUUUAUUUAGAAACAAGGGUUCUUUAAGGGUUCUUUAUCAGGCUGAAUGGGUCUGUAAAAACGAGAGAUGCACCAGUAUAUCGGCCAAUAAUCAGUAUCGGCCGAUAAAAGCAAGUUUUCACACUAUCAGCAGAUAGUUUAAAAACAGCCAAUGAUCAGGGCCGAUGCAUCCCGUCAAUCAAAAGAGGACAGAAAUGCAAUGAAUUUGUGCACUCUAUGUUAAGAAACAUCACCAAUCGGAAAGUUGAUAAAUAAUUUAUUCGUCAGAAUCGGUAUCGUCAGAUAUCACUCUGAAUAAUCGGCUAUCUAUAUCGGUGGAGUAACUUGGUGCAUCUCUAGUAAAAACAUUUAACAUCCAUAAACCUUUUCUGCACAAAAGAUUCUUUAAUGGAAAAAAGUUCUACAUAGGUAAGAAAAAAGUGGUUCAUAAGUCGAACAUUUAAAAUGUAAAUGUUUUUUUGGGUAACCAAAAAUAGUUCUUCUAUGGCAUUUCUGCAAAGAACCUUUUAGCACCUUUAGUUUUAAGAGUGCACACAUUUGCCAUUAUGUGUGUAUAGGACACGUCUCAUGUAAUUCCUCAUUUUUAAACUGUUACAAAUAUCCUUUAUUUGUAAACGUUCUUAUCCGUCUUGUCUCUCUCGCCUCCAUAAGUUAACUCCCCUCCUGACAGUUUAAACACACUCUAUAUUCAUUCUCUCCUCAGGUAGCCAUUACAGGACUGUGUGAUUAUCAUCUGUAGAAUGAGGACUGCUGUUUAAUUGUAUGGGAGGAGGAGAAUAAUGGCCUGUCGUUAUGUAGCUGCGAAUAUAGACAGUGGGCUCAAGACUGAAGAGACAAUAAAUAGAGAACUUUGGAGUUUGAGACAACAAACACGGUUAGGCAGGACUCUAUAUGCUCCACUAAGUACAAUUCUGAUCACUUCUACUGUGGCCCCAACACGUAUUUAGAUACUUAAAGGAACAGUUCACCCAAAAAUAAAAAAUCUGUCAUCAUUUACUCACCCUCGAGUUGUUCCAAAUCUAUAUACAGUUCUUUGUUCUGAUGAACCCAGAGAAAGACUUUUGAAAGAAUGCUUGAAAUCAAACAGUUCUUGGACCCCAUUGACUAGGAAAAUUGCUUUAGAAAUGUGUUUGUUCUGUUGAACACAAAAGAAGAUAUUUUGAAGAAUAUAGCCAAGCAAAGAGUUCUGGGGCACUUUUGACUUUGUCGUUUUCAAACCAUUUUUCCUUCUAUGGUACAUGCAAAGAAAAGCAUAAGGAAGGAAGGAAAAGCUUUGUAUUCCAGUUGAGUGCGAUUUUUACACCAGAACAUUCACAAAUCAAUUUCUCCCUGCAGGGACAAGAGCAGUUAAAGCACGAUGACAUCACCUAAAAUGAGAUGUUGUUCGGUACACACUGCAGAUGUUCAUAUACUCAAUGAUUCAUGAUUAAAUCUGUCCUCUACCCUGUUAAAAGCAGGUGUUUGGGUUUUUUCAUGCAUGAGGACAUCUGAUGUCUUAACCCAAGCAAAUCCUCAGCAAUAUUUCAUGAAGAAAACACAAAUUGUGCAAAAAGAUUGCAAACAGAUUGGACAAAAAGAAGCAAUAUACAUGGAGGUUCCUGACAAGUCACUGGGGGUCUGGCUAAUUUCUGCUGUAAGAACUCUGGACUUCAAACCACACACAUAUCACAGCGACACCAAGAAUAUCAGAGACUAGUCGAAAUAAUGUGAAACUAUAAAAACCCUUUAAACCCUGCAUAUUAAAUCUCACUGGCAUUUACCACUAUCACAAACCACAACAUUCAAAUGAGACUGCAUGAUGAAUGAAGUUUAGUUUGGCUGAACUCCCUUGCUCACUGUGCACCGUAGGUGGGCUUCCCUUUCCACUUUAUUCAUUUAAUCCUUUUGAAGACUGUACAGAGAAAUGCUUGAUGAGACAGAAAGAAAAUAGGGACUGUUUGAAAAGUCGUGAAAGCCGUUUAGAUAAGCAGAGCGAUACCAACUAAUGAAGAAAUGGAUGAGUGAGAAGUUAUUUAGGGAAUAACUAAUCAUGCCAUGCCACAGCCAGUCUUAAUGACAGAUUUAAUCUGGCUGUAAAUCAACAAAACCCAAGCUGCUUUUUUCAAGGUUACACAUCUGAAAAUAUUUUCUGUGCAAAUGAAUAUGAACAUUCCUUAGAUUAUUUUGAAUAUACCUGUAUAUAUAGCUGUGUAAGGGAUAAUGUACAGGCAGUCGGUUGUUAUCGCAGAAAUAAGCCCCGACAGUGUGAUCAGGUAUCACACUGAAGGGGCUUAUUUCGCGACAACAGCCGGCUGUUUGCCACAUGACACACAGCUACUUGCCACAUGAGAAAAAAACUGCACAUGAAAUGUGAAUUUGAAAUAUUUUAUUAGCAAAUUUUUACCGAAUGCAGACCUGGAAAAGCCGUUUACUUUCACUUUUAAGGUAAGAAACGACGUUCAAAUGUCACUAACAGGUAAUUUGAUUUAAUCAUUUGUAUGUACUGUAUAAUGUCAUAUAUGUUAUUAAAAGUUUUUAUUUAAUUUGUCAAAAAAAAAACUGUCAAAAUGAUUUGCUGCAUCUGGGUUACCGUGUGUUACUAGUUUUGAGAGGUUGUUAUCUGGGAAUAACGAACCUGUAAAUGUCACAACUGGCCAAUCAGAAUCAAGCAUUCUAAUGAGCCGUGUAAUGAAUAUAAAUAAAAGGCACCCUUUUAUUUACCGCUAUGAAUGGUGUGAAGCGCAUUUGGUGAAGGAGAAACCAGAUCUCACUUUAGUGAAAAGAGGCAAGAACUCCACAACUGUAGUAAAGGUGAUUUGUGAUCUGUGAGAUGUUUUACUAGCACAGGUUAUAAAACACACAAAAAUGCCUGUUAUCACUUUAAUGAAAGAACGAUAUAAUGCAAAAAAACUAUUGCACAAGCUAGAAAAGCUGCUAGUUUGUAGUGUGGCAGUACAGAUAAUGCAAUACGCCAUUGACAUUAUUUGUUUAAGAAGUUAAUAAAAACAACAAUU